CUUUUUUUGAAUGAUCGGCAACAAAAAAAAAAAAUAAAUGUACUUGGCUUUACAUCUAGGGCUAGGUGGAUGGGUAUAGUUUUAACUUCACGAAGUUGAGCAUCAAGUUAGCAAGUUUAACUGUGCAUUAAUUCGUUUCUAUGUUUUCCUGGAUUAAUUAGCUUAGUCUUGAAUGUCAUAUGGCCUAUGGUUAGCUAAUCCAUCUAAAUUCUACAGGAAGCUUCCUAAGUUGAUUACGGACAAGACACUUCGUUUGCUUGAAAUGGAUUCUCAGAGAAUCAAAUUUCUGCAGCUAUUGAGAAGUUCUGAAGUUCCCAUUUCCAAGCUUGCCAACUCAAUUUGUGCAGAUGAAAUUGGUGGUGCUUGCAAUGUCAAAAACAAGCAUCCCUUGACCUCUUUCAACAAGAAAUUUUCAAAUACUGGAAUUAAUUAUAGGUCUUGGGCUAGGGGGGUGGAAGAUGAUCCAAGUAACAAUUCUUUAGAUCCAUUGACACUGAAAACCAAGGAGUUUAGCCGAAUAGCUGUUUCUAGGUAUAAGGAUCUUGACUUAGAGAAGCAUAAAGGAAAAAGGCCAAGAGAAGAAUAUUUGGAGUUAAGCAGUUUGAAAAGACCAAAACAAGAGCGGGCGCCUGUACCUCAAGGACAGCUUGGUAAUAAGCCUAGACGGAUUGAUGGUUUAGGAAUGCCCACACUGUCCAAACCCAAGUCAUGCCAGAGUGUUGAUAAAAUGGUAGCUAAAGCUCCGUAUUUCUUUUAUGGAAAUGUGAUGAAUUUAUCUCAAGACUGUUGGGUCAAAAUAUCACAGUUCUUGUAUGCAAUCGAGCCGGAAUUUGUAAACAGUCAGUUCUUCUCGGCCUUGAGUAGGAAGGAAGGCUACAUACACAAUCUUCCUUCCCAGAACAGGUUUCAUAUUACUCCAAAGCCGCCAAUGACAAUAGAAGCAGCAAUACCGCAUACGAAGAAAUGGUGGCCGUUGUGGGAUCCUAGGAAGCAGUUGAGCUGCAUCAGUUUUGAAAUUAAUGGAGUCUCAGAAUUAUGCGAUAGGCUUGGAAAGAUAUUGACAGAUUCCAAAGGAAUACUUUCAGCAGAAAAGCAGAGAGAUCUCCUCCAUCAGUGCAGGGCAUUAAACCUAGUGUGGGUUGGUCGUCACAAACUAGGCCCUGUAGAACCAGAACAUCUAGAGCGAAUUCUGGGUUACCCGUUGAAUCAUACUCGUGAUUCUGAGCUUAGCCUAAAGGAAAGACUUCAAUCACUCAAACAUUCCUUCCAGAUAGACACGUUGGGGUACCAUUUAUCCGUGUUAAAAUCUUUGUACCCAGGAGGACUUACUGUACUAUCAAUUUACAGUGGAAUUGGCGGUGCAGAAAUUUCUCUGCACCGUCUUGGGAUUCGCUUAAAAGGGGUGGUGUCAAUAGAGCCUUGUGAAAGAAAGCGGAAGAUUCUCAAGAAGUGGUGGCAGAGUACGGGACAAACUGGGGAGUUGGUGCAGAUUGAGGGCAUUCAAAGGCUAGCAAGUAACAAGCUUGAGAGUCUAAUUAAGCAGUUCGGCGGUUUUGACUUUAUCAUUUGUCAGAACCCGUACACUUACUCUUCAAAAAUUCCUACAAUGGCUGCAGAUGGUGACAGCGUCGGAGAUUUAGACUUCUCAUUGUUUUAUGAGUUUGUUCGUGUUUUGCAACGUGUAAGGAGUACGAUGGAGAGAAGCAAGUAACAUUUUCCCCCAUCAUGCUUGUUUCGGUAGAUAUCAAUGUAUUAUAUAAUAGUGUGUUCACAACUACUUCUCAUCAACGUUCUCUCUGUUAGCAAUAAACUGAUCAUAACCUAAUCAAUUUCCUGGUGAUAAAUCAUAAAUUAUAGCAAUUAAAU